AUGAUGGCGUCGGACGUUGUCGCCCAACCUGCCUCGUCCUCUGCCGCCCUUCAAUUCACAGACCUGCCUCAGGAGCUACAGAAGGAAAUCAUCAGUCAUUGCCAUCAACCAGAACUUAUCUGCCUGUCUCUCGUCUCUCGCCACUUCAGAUCUCUGGCUGCGGCCGAGCUGUAUCGAAAUUUCCACAUUGUAUUUCCCGACGAAGAUGAUCCCGCCUUCGACUCUCCAAUCGAUGGACUGGCGGGCGGUCUGGAGACCUUUGUCACAAGCGACUAUGACUACGCGAAACACCUCAGAGACAUAUCGCUUGAUACCCUGAGCGCGGGCGACAAGGCUGAGACGGCGUACAAACCCUAUCUGUACAGCGUCAGCUGCGGCAAGUUCCUCAAUACUCUGCUCCUCCUGACCUUGCGCAAGGCACGAGCUCUAGAGACCCUGAGAUGGAACAUCCGUGUCGAGCUCAGUCGGCCGGUGUACAAGGCGCUACAUAGCAUCGAUAGCCUCUCGCAUCUUCACAUACGUCUCCAGGCAGGACCAUCGCUGUACGAGCAUCCCCCACCAUUACCUCUCUCCUCGCCCAUUGCGACUCCAACCGCGUCUACGCACCACCUUCCACUCAUUGACUCACAACUUCCACCGCCGACCUUUACGCUUCCGCCCCCGCCCCCGCCAUUCUAUAUACCACCGCCUACCUCAUCGCUACCGCCCUUGCAACCACCACCGAAACCUCCCUCCAGGGUCAAGACACUGAAGAGAUCAUCAACAUCCAAAAACCCACCGACUCUGUCAGGUUUCAGGAAUUUGAAAACCUUGUCCGUUCUGGAUAUCGACGACCUGGAUGUGGUUACGGAGCUCAAGUCUUGCGUCAGGAACUCCCAGGCGACACUGUCCAAGCUCAAGCUAUCAUUCUCGCACAACAUGGCCAUGCGCGCACGGAAACCACCGCCAGAUAUCGACCCCGAUGAUUCGGAUCCCGACGAUGAGUUCCAAGUUGUACCGGUGGUAGCACCACCUCCUGUUACCCCAUAUGAUGAUGUCAGUGGACCAGCUAGAGCGUUUCGCGCGCAGGAGGAGAGGAAGACUCAAGAAUCUGUCUUGGGCCGCAUAUUUGAUGUGGAACCCUACUUGGUCAAGAAACCGACUCGAAAACCACGAGACAAGGAGAACGAGCCCCCAGCAGAAGAGAAGACAUCAAAUCCUGGCCAGUACUUCAUCGACUCUCUCAAGGCUGUGUCAGAAAAGCUUAUGAAGGAUUUGGUCGGAUCGGAGGAUUUCGCAGCGGCCCAACAGGAAAUUUUGGACACCAUUGAGACAGCAGCUAGGACCUAUGUCGCUGAAUCGGAAGGCAAAUCAGGUGUCUCCAAGGAGAACGGUGUCAAUGGGGUCAAUGGGGAGUCCAGCUCGAGCGGAGCUGACAUGAAUGGCGCAGCCGAGCCAGACGCUUCGAAGGGCGAGGAUGCGCAACAGGCAGAACACAGCUUGUUUGAGCCCAAGACGACAAAGGGCAAGGAGUUCGAACAAGACGCCAAUCCGGAUGACAUUAACAUUGAGGAACCGGUGGAGGACAGUUUUGUGGAAGAGCCGUCGGAAAUCGCCACACCUGAGCCGAUCAAUGGGACUGAUGCGGUCUCUACCAAGGCAUCUCCUUCCAAAGUCAAUGGCGUCGAAAUUUCCGCGGCAAAUGGUGGCACUCUUCCAGUCCUGGGCUCAAACGAGUCCAAUGCGGCUGUCAACCUCGAAGCACAAAGGCGGAACUUCAAGACGCUGGCUGAAAAGCUCGAGUUUUUUGAAAUCCAGGCCGGAGAGUUGCGCAAGGAGAUACGGGAACUUCCUACUAACCCGGGCCCAGAAUCAGAAAAGCGCCUGAAGGACGCUGACUCACAGAUGAUCGAGCUCAGCAAUAAUAUCAAGGAAAUCCAGCGCGAGAUGUCGGUUGUAGCAGCUGAGAUUGAGGACGCAGAAAAGCAAAAUCCUGCUGCCGCGCAGGCAGACGAUGCAGAGGCCGUUCCGAGCCGCAUCACAGAGUACACGCGGUCGACCAGAGGGUUGAGUCUCCAGACGCUCAGUAUUUACCUCAUUCCCGUCAAAGCCUCGGUGCUAUCGCGAGCCAUCGAUCUGCGGGUGCUCAAGAGGAUCACGUUGCUCAACGUUGGCACUCAGGCUCCAAUCUGGGCUUUGUUUGCCAAGGAAAACAAAAUCCAGCCGAUUGCCUUGCGCAAGAUCUUCACGGACAACGUCUCGGUGCCUUUUUUGACAUUCGUGUCCCAGUUGGAAGAGCUCAAUGAGCUGUUUAUGCUUGAGAGGCCUGACAAAUACAAGCCUGAGCCGUUUGGGCCGAAGACUGCUAUCACGAUGGACCAAAUCAGACGUAUGGUGCUGAAGAGGCACAUGCCAACCCUGAAGCGACUCAUGAUCAAAAACCAACAAGACUCAACGUGGGAUGUUGAUGAGAAGACAAUGUUGCUCAUUUGCAGGCGGGGCAAGAAUCUCGAAGAGCUGGCCGUCAGCAUGGGGAUUCGUGCAAUUCACACGACUCUGCAGCACAUAUCCGGCCUCGCGAACCUGCGCGCUCUGCACAUUAUCAACCUCCGUAACGACGACACCUGUGUCUGGGUCAUGCGCGAAACGAAGCGGUUUGUUAUUGACAACUUGUCGCAUUACCCCGAACUCAAGCUCGAGUGGCUCGCUAUUGACGACGACGAGCGCGUUGAGCGCAUUGUAAGGUGGAAGGAGACACCAAAGGAGAAGAAGAGCAAGUCUGCCAAAUCGAAGGGCAAAGAGAAGGCUGUACCUUGGACGAGUCUACCUAAUGGAGACCAUUUCCCUGUUCUGUCCCUGGACAACCUCGACAUAGGGAGCGAGAGCGACGAGGAUGACGAAGAAGGCACCUCCGGCCCGGAUGGCAUGUCCAAAAUCGAGACUAUUGACAACAUUCAUUUCUACGACGUCUGGGGGGUCCGGAUUUUCAAGAGGGAGGUCAUCACUGGGCGGCUGUGA